AUGACACAGUACAAUGGUCCUCAACAUCAGCUUCCAGUCUCGAAUAUUAAUAUAGCUGUUGCUGCACCAACUGUUCGGUACUAUCCAUAUAUGGCACCUCUAUCUGGUAUUAACGAUAUUUCUGUUCCGUUAAAUUAUGGGGGACAUAAUCAGUUGUCACGUGCAAGCACUGAUGGAAUCAGUGGCAUUCAUACAGUCAGCUAUGGGAGCAACAUUGCAUACAGGGAUGGUAUCAGAUCACUUAACAGAAAGAAUUCUGAAGGGUUACCAGUAAAUUACCAGUAUCACAAUGCUUCAGCAGGCUCUAGUUCUUCUGCAACUCCUACGACUGGCAAGCGAGCAGAACGUGAUGUUGCUUUAAUGAAUGAACCGCAUGACAGUGCUCUAUUCUAUGCAAUGACACAGUACAAUGGUCCUCAACAUCAGCAUCCAGUCUCGAAUAUUAAUAUAGCUGUUGCUGCACCAACUGUUCGGUACUAUCCAUAUAUGGCACCUCUAUCUGGUAUUAACGAUAUUUCUGUUCCGUUAAAUUAUGGGGGACAUAAUCAGUUGUCACGUGCAAGCACUGACGGAAUCAGUGGCAUUCAUACAGUCAGCUAUGGGAGCAACAUUGCAUACAGGGAUGGUAUCAGAUCACUUAACAGAAAGAAUUCUGAAGGGUUACCAGUAAAUUACCAGUAUCGCAAUGCUUCAGCAGGCUCUAGUUCUUCUACAACUCCUACGACUGGCAAGCGAGCAGAACGUGAUGUUGCUUUAAUGAAUGGUACAUCUUUUCAACCACCUGAGCAUGGAGGGAAUGAACUGACGACAUCAAUGGUGGAAAAUGAAUUUCAGAGGAGUGCGAGGAACAGAUCUAAUAUGAUCCUUCCUGAAUUUGUCAUGGCAAAUAACAGUAGACAUUUGAUUCAAGGAAGUUACUUCCCUUUACCUGUUCAGGCUAUUGUCGGCGCAGAUUUGCCAGCACCCGUUCCACCAACAAGCUUUCAGUUGUACUGGCAGCAACGAAGAGAAGUCAUUCUUGAUCCAAAUGCAAUGCAUCAAAAUCUCCCAAACAUGAGACUUCUUCCAGUAGAUGCAAGUGUUUUCCCUCUUUUUAGUAUUCUCCCCUUUAAUGAAAUGGCAAUGCUAAACUUUCCCGGCUAUCAUGAAGCAGGAGUAUUCAUUGAUCAGCACUGGGAUAUACGUCUAGAUGUAGAUCUCAUGACCUAUGAGGAGCUUCUUGCUCUAGAGGAACAGAUUGGCAUUGUUGGCGCUGGACUUUCUGAAGAAGACAUUCAGAAUAGUUUGAAAACAAGAACUUUCUCCUCGUUGGCAACAUGUUUAAAUCACAAAAAGGCAGCGACAGUGGAUCAACAAAGUGAUUUCUGCGUCAUAUGCCAGGUUGAUUUUGAGGAUCAAGAAAAUGUUGGAAACCUUGACUGCGGGCAUGAGUAUCAUGGAGAUUGCAUAAUGAAAUGGCUGCUUAUAAAAAAUUCUUGUUCCAUAUGCAAAUCCACAGCAUUAACAACUGUGAAGAAGAACUGUAAAUAG